AUGGCGCGGGAGGCUCACAAACAAAAAAAGAGCUUUGUCAGGCUGGACACAAUUUACGGCCACCAUCGGCCCAAUACAAAAAAACCUUUGUUCAAGCGUCGUAGAAACCUCGUCUCACGUCGUCAGACAACUUCAAGAUCACUUCCCGCGAAUGCACCACCAAUUUGCCGCGAUUUCAUUCAACAGGCUCAGCAUCUCAUCGAAAAGCACAGUAUUCAGAGCAAGAAUAUCAUUAAUAUGGACCAGGUUCCGCGAUACUUCGAGACGGAGCCAAAGUCAACAAUAACGAGUCGAAACUCCCCUACCAAGCGUACUACAGAGGUCGGAGAUGCUUCUAGCAUCGUGAGAGCGUUCGCGCUGUGUGGCCUUGUUCGUAAAGAAGACUUCAACGUGAAGGCACUCCAUCCACCUCUGCGUGAUUUACUUGCUGCAGAUGUAGACAUGGAUCGUUGGAACCAGCAGUACAGCGACCUUGUUGCCGCUGACGACAGGGAGCAACUGGAUAUAGCAACACCAACCUGGUAUUUGCCGGACGACAGCACGUCCAGCUUAUUCUGCUGCCUUUUACACGGCAUUCAGACACAUAUUUUGGACUACACAGCGCAACUCACGAUAUACAUGGAGACACUAAAAGAUCUCGAACGUCUUUUUGAUGACCGCUACUUGGAUAGAAUUCGAAACGGGACGGAGGAUCCAGGGGAACUGGAGCUUUACGCUGCUGCACAUAUGCACAACUGGGACAUCGAGAAAGAAAAGACCCGUUACCAAUCACAACAUCAUGUGAGCUGCACGCAGGCGGGUUUGAGCCCACGCUGA